AGCUAUCACCUAAGAAUUGCGGUGAUUCACUGAUUUAAAUGGCCUAAGUGCCUCGUGUACACGUCGUUUUCAUCUGACUCUGACGCAAAACAAAUCCAAUAAACAUAAUCCUGUUCUUUCCUCGCGAAGUGGAAAUUUGCGAUCGAAAAUGAUUACCUGGAUUGCCGCGUUCUCCAGUGCGGUUGUCCAGUCGCACAUGGAUUACAUUCGGGAGGUCACGAGCCUGUUGAUCGAAAACAGUAGCCAGAAAAACGUCCUCCACCCCACGUCUGUGGAGGCGUUUCUGCGUACUGGGCGGACGGACGUGAAGGAAUUAGCUCUGACAUUUGACCGACUGAACCGCGACGCGACAAGCCUCACGACGGGGUAUUUCUGCGAUAGUGUCUUCACGGCCACUGCUUAUUUCACAGAAGAUGGAUCUCGCAGCAACCCCGGUGUGGGGUCGUCUACGGCGACGCAAAGCACGACGAAUUUUUCCCGUCCCUCGUUUCUGGAUGAGAGCCUUUGCAUGGUCGCGCAGAAGGCGGAGAAGCUCUUCGCGCUGGAGUACGCGCUCUUUCGAGCGAACCUACCCGCGUUUGUGGCGAAGCAGUGGGAAAACGUGGCUGAGCUGUACGACACUUUCCUGUACGUGCUAGACCCUAGCAUUGGAGAUGAGGGCAACGAGGCUCUGAUGUUCUCUUCCGACCAGGCUGGCCAAGUGGAAGCAGCGGCUUCUAAAAGCAGUUCAUCUUCUUCUGCAACGUUUAUUGCUCCUGCCUCCACGAGUGAAAGUGAUGUCGAACCCAAAGAGCGUCCGUCAGGCGUCUCCGCUUCUUGCCACGGCUGCAGCCUGCAUACCGUCCUGGAGACGGCCGUUCCGGAGUACGAAGUUUUCUUUUGGGACGUUUUCGUCGCUUCCGGUGUGUUGCUGCUGUUGGUCCUGGUUGGUUCCGUCGUUUUCUUCGCGUCUAGCUGCGUCGUGUCCGUUUUCGCGCACCUCUUUUUUCCGGAACGUUUUCCCUUUGUGGUGCCGGGGUUUCCCGCGGAGGUGCGGAUUGCGAAGGAUGUGGAAGCAGAAAACGGAACAACAACCCGAGGAAGCAAGCAACGCUCUACUGCGUUUGAGUUGUGUGCAGAGAUGAAAUCGUGUCGGGCGGCACGACUGGAAAAAGGAGAAACAGAAGGAGUUGUGCUGUCGCAAGAAGUUGUGCCACUGGAUCUAAGUUCUUUGUCGGAGGAUCUUGAAGCUGAACAAAUCCAGGGGCCCGGCGAAGUUCUUGCGCUGGGUGAGGAUGCUAAUGCCGAGCAAGCUGCUCCCAUUGUCCCCGCGGAGACGUUGGUCACGGAGAUCCUCAUGUCCGACGUGGUGGAGAAAGGUACUUGGUUUUAGCUUCACUAAUGUGUACGAUGAAAAAUCUUCAUUGCGUGUGCGGUGUGUUUCAGGUGCAGCAACACCGAUCAUGUCGGAAUAUUCGGAGUCAGUUCAGUAAAAAGCAAGUUGCUCUCUGUCUUCAUGCAGUAGCGAAAAAUGCAGUUCUAUGAGACGAAAAAAUUUUGUUUUCUCAUGGUGAAUUCGUUCUAACCAAACAAAUUACAUUCUUUGGAACGACUAGUUGCAAAGAACUAUUGUGACAAAUCAAUCCAGUCACGUCGAACGCCGUUGACGCGGACCUUUCCGGGUGUCUGGAUGAACAUGCGGCGCAAGAAGUUUCCCUUGCUGAUGUGCCGCCCGGCGACGAAGCGGAACUACAAGAGUGUCACAUGAUGGCGACCAUGGGAAACGAGGAAUCAGGAGGUACUUUUGGAUACUUUUGUGUGCUAUGCGUAGCUCUGUCUGCAAUUCUUACUCAAAGGACGAGUACGGAGCCAUUUCGGCUCGUAAGUAAUUGUUUUGUGCAAUGAAGAAAGAAAAAGAAUGUGAAUCACAAUUCAAUCAGGUCUGUCAUCGUCUUCCUCUCAUGAGGAUGAGCGGCCGGCGGGAUUGCAGAGGGAGCAGAGCCGAGUUUUUUCGAAGAAAGGAGUUUUGCUGACAGCGGCUCCGGCUCGGCGGUCCAGGGUUCUGUGCUGUUUUUAGACGGAAGAAGUGAAUAGCGGUUCAUACAUUUGAAAUUUGAAGUGUCUUUCCUGCUUGACGGCCUAUUUUUUUCUCAUUUUUGAAAUAUGAGUAUGGCACUGUAGCUAGCUCUACUACAUUUGCGCCGUACAUCAACUACCCCUUCCCCCAUGAACGUAUAAGUAAGUAAAUUAUUUUGCUCAAGUACAAGUUCAAGCUCUGCUGUAAACAUAAAGUUUCAGUCUUUGAUUAAGUAUGAGUACGCUUACUUUCUGUUUCUAUCGUGUCCUUUUAAGUGCGGUUGCUUCACUGAAUCACGAUCGAGCGAUAAAUCUACCCAAAGAAGCCCAGGAAGUCCAAUCUUCUUCUUGGUCCCACACCCGGACCCGCCUUGCUGCAAAGAAUUCUGUUUGACAUAGAAACAAACGAGCGAGCAAGGGCAUACUGGAAAAUGAAAAAAAAUGCUGUGCAAUGUCAUCGGUUGAAAAAUGAAAUUUGAAUUUCUGAGUGUUUGGGCAUUUGUUAGGUACCUCGUCGACCGAGAGAGUAGUUAAAGC